AUGUCGAAAAGCCCAGUCAUGUCAAUAACUCCAGACAUGCAGAAGGCACAUGUCAAAGAGAAGGUGUCAUUCAUGCAGGAGGACUCGUUUAUACCAAAGUUGGCAGUCAUGCGGAAGACCCCAGCCAUGCAGAACCAGUCAGAAGAGCAAAAGUCACCGGUUGUUCAGAAACAAUUAGUUAUUCAGAAAUUGUCAGCCAUAAAAAGAAUACCAGCCACACCACUAGCCAUCAUGAAGACACCAGAAAAUCAAAAAAUGUCAGCAACGCAGAAGUCAGUAAAAUAUAAACCAUCAGCCAUGGAGAAACAGUCAAUUGGGCAGGAGCAGUUGCUCAUUCAGAUACCAUCAGUUGUGCAGAAACCAUCAGUCAUGCAUAAACCGUCAAUCAUACAGAAGCAGCUGUUUCCAGAGAAGCCACCAGUAAUUCCAGAACAGUCAUUCUUACUAAAGCUGCAAGAUCCCGAGAAAAGGGUUAUUGUUAGACACCCAAAGCAAUGUACAACACAAUCAAUGGUAACAGGUUGGUAAAUUCAGUACAUUUAAGAGUUUGUAGUAUUUCAAUAAAUUGAGAGAUUGAAGUGAGUCAUAGAUUUGAGGACAGAGAAAAGGGGAGCGGGAAUAAUCUGUAAUACAGGCAACGAGUGGAAUAUAGUAGUAGACCACAGGUAAAACCAUUAGAAAAUGGUUUGGCUACUUACAUCAGAGGAGCUCCCAGGCAUUCCUGCCGCCAUAACCACUAUAGCACUCUGUAGUGGUUGUGGUGUUUGGAGUGUUUCUUUAAGAAACAAUGGUUUAUAGACUAAGCUAGAGAUAUUUUGUGAGCUUCAUGAGACUGACAGAACCAAAGGACAAGUACAGAAAACUUAUAGUCAAAUAAUAACACUGUCUCACACAAUUAUCAUGUUCUGCUUAAAAACAAUGGUUAUUGCAUAUUGGAUUUAUAUGUAACACAAACUGAAUCCGCCUUAUAAUCCACAGAAAUUCCCAUGUGAGAGGUUUAAAUGGACACUAUAGGCAACAAAACAACUUAGGCUUAAUGAAGCAGUUUUAGUGUAUAGAUCAUGCCUCUCCAGUCUCAUUGCUCAAUUCUUUGCCAUUUAGGAAUUAAAUCACUUUGUUAACAGAGCUCUAGUCUCACCUCCCUGCAUGUGACUUACACAGUCUUCCUAAACACUUCCUAUAAAGAGACAUCUAAUGUUUAUACUUCUUUUAUUGCAAAUUCUGUUAAAUUUAGAAUUUCUUAUCUCCUGCUCUGCUAAUAGCCUUCUAGACAUGACAGGUCCCUCUUUUGUGUGAUUAAAGUUCAAUUUACAGAGCAGGAGAUAAAAGCUUUUAAAACAAGUUAACAUCUAUAUAAAAAUGAAACAAUUUUUUUCAUACAAGCUGUGUAUGUUAGAGCCAGGUGAGGUGUGGCUAGGGCUGCAUAAACUGAAACAAAAGUGAUCUAACUCCUAAAUAGCAGAUAAUUGAGCAGUGAGGCUUCCUCAAACUCCGGCCCUCCAGAUGUUGCUGAACUACAACUCCCAUAAUUCUAUGAAUGAAAUAGAUAGGCUGAGAAUCAUGGGAGUUGUAGUUCAGCAACAUCUGGAGGGCUGGAGUUUGGGGAAGUCUGCUUUAGAGGCAUGAUCUAUAUAUUAAAACUGCUUUUUUGGGGAAAGUUCAGCAUCUCCAUGCUGAGCGUGGAGAUGCUGAACAUCAGUGCUGCACGUUGUGUGAGUGACAGUCACUGGAGGGGUUCCUAGGCUUCCAUGUAAACAGUGCCUUUUCUCUGAAAAGGGAGUGUUUACAGCAAAAUGUCUGCAGGGACUGACUAUAGACACCAAAACACCUACAUUAAGCUGUAGUUCUGGUGGCUACAGUAUCCCUUUAAGCUAAAGUUACAUUGGUGUCCAUAGUAUUCCUUUAACUAGGUUAGUUAUGUGAAUGUAAAAAAGUCCACCAGACUGGUUCCCAUUCAAUGAGCACAAUAUCUUAAUAAAACUUCAAUUUAUUAGAUUAAUAUUCAAAAAUUAAGUCAAAAUCCAGACAGCACCACUGACAGUCACAAUUUCCUAGGAUAAAAUAUAUCAAAAACCAAAAAAGACUAUGGCUUACAUUCCUGUGCUUGUGAAGUCUUAGAUUAUACUUUUUAUACACUUGAAUGGUCUGUAAAUAUGUGGAUAUUAUACAUGUAGUGGUAGAGAAAGUCGCUUUCCAUUUAACGAAAUAUAGUUUUUGUUUUCUCUGCAGCACUGAAUAAUAGAGGUGACAGGAGUACCUUAUCUGGCAACAUGGUACAUACUGCAACAUCGUUAACUCCGGGAGAAAUAUUAAAGAGAUACAUGGACAGGCUAACGAUUUAUGAGCACCAUGAGAUAUUUCGUUACACUGAAAUCUACUUUUUUGGUCCCAGUGCAAAUAAGUGCCAUGGUUUCAUCGGUGACCCAAAUAAUUGUGGCUUUGAUGACACACAGGGUUACUAUAUUCAAGUACCACAUGAUCACAUUGCAUACAGGUAUGAAGUGCUGAGAGUUCUUGGGAAAGGAUCAUAUGGACAAGUGUUGAAGGUGUAUGAUCACAAACUGCAACAGCAUGUGGCAUUAAAAAUGGUCCGUAAUAAGAAAGAUUGUCAUCAGCAGGCCAUGGAUGAGAUACGAAUACUUAAACAUCUGAAGAAACAGGACAAGGAUAACAACAUGAAUGUCAUUCACAUGCUGGACUACUUCACAUUCCGAAAUCAUAUCUGUAUGACAUUUGAGCUGCUCAGCAUGGACCUGUACAAACUUAUUAAGAAAACCAAAUUCACAGGUUUCAAUCUACCAACAGUGCGAAAAUUUGCUAACUCGAUUUUACAAUGCUUGGAUUCCCUGCAAACAAAUAAAAUCAUCCAUUGCGACCUCAAACCAGAGAACAUUAUGUUAAAAGAACAAGGUAAAACUGACAUCAAGGUGGUAGACUUUGGAUUAAGUGGCUAUGAUCAUCAGCGCAGUGGAAGAUACAUUCAGACAAGGUUUUAUCGCGCGCCUGAAGUCAUUCUUGGUGGUAACUGCGGAAUGCCUAUUGAUAUGUGGAGCCUGGGUUGCACUCUUGCCGAGCUUUUAACUGGAGAUCCACUUUUACCCGGGGAAGAUGAAUAUGAUCAGCUUGCAUGUAUAAUCGAGUUAUUUGGUAUGCCACCCAAAAAAGUUCUUGGAUCUUCCAAAAGAUACAACUGUUUUUUCACCUCCAAAGGACACCCUGAUUAUUGUACUGUUAGAUACCGGUCAGAUGGAUCAGUGGUACUGAAUGGCAGUUACUCUGAAACAGGAACAUGGCGUGGUCCACCUGGCAGUCGAAAUUUGGCCACCGCACUGAAGGGCUGUAAACAUCCCCUUUUUAUUAAUUUUCUAAUGCAGUGCUUUGAAUGGGAUCCUGCACGGCGUAUGACGCCAAGAAAGGCAUUACAACAUCCAUGGCUACAGUGA